UUGUAAAGUAUGAUAUAUCUAUAAUUGCUUGUAUUGUCAUACCGAGUAAAGUAUAAACAUAACAUAUUUAAAUUAUGAACUAAGUUACAUAACAAAAUUUGGCCACAAAACAAGCAAGCAAUUGUCUCAAGUUAUAAAGCAUAUGCUCAUACUCUCGGACUCGGACUUGGGUCGGACUUUACGUAGAGUACAAGUCUGAUCCACCACCUAUUUGGAUUUAGAUCUAUUUUAUCGAAUUCGAAUUUGGGCUAAUUUUAAACAGAUUCGGAUCGAAUUUUUUUCUUCGAAUUAGAUCAGAUUUGAAUCGAACUCGGAUUGAAUUGACAUCCCUAGUGGUAACUAGUCACUGACUUUAAUAGAAGAGGAGUUUUGAAAAAAUAAAAGUAAAAUAAAAAAUAAAAAAUAAAUCCACUAAAUUUGGACUUUAGUAGCCCAACGGCUCAAUGUUAUAAAGGUAACCCUUAUAAAAGGAAGGCCAAUUUUCCCGCCAAAUUUCACUCACUCACUCUCUUUCUCCUCAGCUCUAUCUCACCUUCUUCCUCCAUUUUCUCUCUCCUAAUUUCACAAUUUUCUCAAUACCUUCAUUGGCAGAGCUUCAAUGGCGGAAACUCCGAUCAAAAUCAAUAAUCAAUCAUAUCUUAAAAGCAAAUCAAAACCCCCAAUUUCACCUUCUUUUCUCUCUCCUCAAACCCCUAAUACUCAAACUCCAUCUCGCCGUUAUACUCGCCUCGUUUCAUCACCAACUGAAUCAACUCCACCUCGUCGAUCUUCUCGUCGUUUAUCGCUUAAUUCCGAUGAUUUUUUUUCCACCCCAGAAAAAUCCAUUAAUCAAUUACCCCCCAAAACCCUAGAAAAAUCUCCCAAAACCCCCAAAUCUGCUAAAAAAUCCAAAUCUAGCAGUAACCGGAGUGAGAAGAUAUCGAACCUUGAACCAAUUCAACCAAAGUCUCCUGCCUUGUCUGAAAAAAGGAAGAGAAAUGGAGGGGUUGAAUCGGAAAAUGUUGCAAAAACUCGAGCUCGAGCUCAAAAUGUGCCUAAGAAAAGGGUCUAUUAUAAGAAAAUAAAGUAUGAUGAGAGUGAAUUCGCAGUGGGGGAUGAUGUUUAUGUGAAGAGGAGAGAGAAUGCGAGCUCCGAUGAAGAGGACCCUGAGGUGGAGGAAUGCAAGAUGUGUUUUCGAGGCGGAAAGGCGGUGAUGAUCGAGUGCGACGAUUGCCUUGGUGGGUUUCAUUUGAAGUGCUUAAAGCCUCCAUUGAAAGAGGUUCCUGAAGGUGAUUGGAUGUGUGUGUUUUGUGAGGCUAAGAAAUCGGGUAAGGAGGUUGAGCUUCCUAAGCCACCAAAGGGUAAGAAGAGGGUUAGGACUUUGAAAGAAAAGCUUCUUACAAGUGAUUUGUGGGCUGCUAGGAUUGAGAGUAUAUGGAAAGAAGUGGAUGGAACCUUUUGGUUUCGGGCACAUUGGUACAUGAUCCCGGAGGAGACUGAAGCUGGGAGACAGCCACAUAAUUUGAGGCGAGAGCUUUAUCGUACCAAUGAUUUUGCUGAUGUAGAGAUGGAAUCUGUAUUUAGGCACUGUUAUGUAUUCAGUCCAAAAGAGUAUGCUAAGGCCCAAAAUGAAGGGGAUGAUGUCUUCUUUUGUGAGUAUGAAUAUGACAUACGUUGGCAUUCUUUCAAGCGGCUUGCAGAGAUAAAUGAUUUAGAAGAGGAUGACGAUAAUGAUGAUGAUGAUAGUGCUAGUGAUGAAGAUUGGAAAUCUACAAAGGACUUAGAGUAUGAGUCAGAGGAGGAUAUGGACUUUGAGGAGGAGAUUGAAAGGAAAAAAUCUUCUGGACCAUCAUCUCAAGAGUUAGCUGCUAAUUCAAGGAAGGGACGCAUCUUUGGACUUCAGAAAAUAGGUACAAAGAGUAUUCCGCAGCAUGUAAGAUGUCAUAAACAAACAGGACUUGAAAGGGCCAAACAGACGCUGCUGUUAGCAACUUUACCGAAGUCACUUCCCUGCCGCAACAAAGAAAUGGAAGAGAUCUCUGCAUUUAUAAAAGGUGCUAUAUGUGAUGAUCAAUGUCUUGGACGUUGCCUGUACAUUCAUGGUGUUCCUGGGACUGGAAAGACUAUGAGUGUACUUGCUGUGAUGAGAAGCCUUAAGUCUGAACUUGAGUCUGGCAGUAUUAAACCCUACAGUUUCAUAGAGAUUAAUGGUCUGAAACUAGCUACGGCAGAGAAUAUAUACAGGGUUAUUUAUGAAGCACUGAGUGGACAUAGAGUCAGUUGGAAAAAGGCCCUGCACUUCCUCAAUGAGCGUUUCUCAGAAGGGAAACAAGUAGGCAAAGGACAGAACAAACCAUGCAUUCUUCUCAUUGAUGAACUUGAUCUUCUUGUAACCAGAAACCAAUCGGUUCUUUAUAACAUUCUUGAUUGGCCAACUAGACCAAAUUCCAAGCUCAUUGUGAUAGGAAUAGCUAAUACAAUGGACCUUCCUGAGAAAUUGCUUCCUCGAAUCUCAAGCCGUAUGGGAAUACACAGACUCUGUUUUGGCCCCUAUACCUUCCAGCAACUUCAAGAAAUCAUUAUGAGCCGGCUUAAAGGAAUUGAUGCUUUUGAUAAGCAAGCUGUGGAAUUCGCUUCUAGAAAGGUAGCUGCUAUUUCUGGAGAUGCACGUAGGGCUCUGGAGAUAUGCCGCCGUGCAGCAGAAAUUACAGAUUAUCGUAUCAAGAAUCAGGCCACUCCAGCUGAUACGGCUUCUGCUGAGGAAGCACGUGUUGGAAUGGCAGAAGUUGAAGCAGCCAUACAGGAAAUGUUUCAGGCACCUCACAUUCAAGUUAUCAGGAGCUCCUGCAGAUUGGGAAAGAUAUUUUUGGCAGCUAUGGUGCAAGAGCUUUACAAGACAGGAAUGGCUGAGACCACCUUUGAAAAGUUAGCUUUCACGGUUUCUUGCUUUUGUACAAGCAAUGGUGAGCAAUUUCCUGGAUGUGAUGUUCUCUUAAGAGUUGGCUGUAAACUCGGUGAAUGCAGAAUCAUCCUUUGUGAGCAAGGUUCCAGGCACCGGUUGCAGAAGUUGCAGUUGAAUUUCCCUAGCGAUGAUGUGACAUUUGCUUUAAAGGACUGUCAGGAGAUUCCAUGGCUAGCAAAAUACUUGUGAUUGAAGAUUGGUGAUGUAUCAACAAAAAAUAUGUUCGGAAUCCAUUUUCCUCGGAGGUAUUCAGCUGUGUUGCUUCUAGUAUUCCUCUUAAUUAAUCGAUGGAGUAUCGAGUUCUUCUGAACUUCAGCAUGUACUUGUAUCUAGUUUAUGCAUUGAUCGGUAAACAAGAAAUACAAAAUUUUGUUAGCUUUCUAAGUUAAAUAGCGAAGACUUACGAGUUUCAGGGAACACAAAUGUAUCAUUUGAGGUGUUAAUGUACUUGAAACAAGGGAUAGUGAAGUAUAAAAUUUGCUCCCUUGCCUUUGUAAAUUUGCUUAAAUAAAGAAUUGUUAUCAAAAUAUAGUAAAACGCUCAUUUGUUUAGUUCAAAUCCCCUUCAUGAUAACAUCACCAGAAAUUUCAGCGCAAUAUUAAUAUGAGUAGUAUUAGUAAUAUAAAAUUUACAUGGUAUACUAGGGUGCACCAUGCUCAUUAGUCAUCAUGCACCCGGUGUGAAAACAAAGAGGUAGCUUUUGAAAAAAAAAAAAAAACAGACAAUUCACCUCAAUUCAAGGGCAUUUCUUAGCUUUCACAA